UUUUUUUUUCCUUCAUCGAUCUGUGUUACUCAUCCAAGUUCAGAGAUGGCUUGAUCAAUAUCAAAAAACACGCUCUACACCGAAUCACAUUCUACAGAACACCUUCUGAAUAACAAACAAAAGAGCUUCGAGGCCACCCCUAUCAGAAUCGACCAAUUCUUGUAGAACAACGAACUCGACAACCUCCUCCCCUCUACCCACCAUGGCAUUUGCAUUUGCAAUCUCCAGGCUGGUGGUUCUGAUUCUAGCGCUCGUCUCACUUCUACCAACUGCGCUUGCAUAUAGAGGUCCGAGAUUCCAACCUCUUCCAAGGGGCCAGAUGAGUGAAAACACGUCACGCAGAGGUGGCCUUGCGCCUCCCGUCAGCAAAUUGGUCCAAGUCCUCCUGAUGCUCUGGGUGUUUGUCAUCAUCAACCUGGCCUUCUGGGGAUUGGAAGUGGCUAUGGCGGUCCUGAUUCCAUUCCUUCCCGCUGCAAUAGCCAUCAAGUGUUUCAUCCACAAUGGUCUCGCAAACCAAGGCUCUUCAAGCGGUCAUUUGCCAGGAGUUUCAACCAUGAGUAGCUGGAUCUUCAUCCUCCCGAUCAUCGCAUUCGUCCAUUCUGCCGACAGAAAGCCAGAGAAGGCAAAGCUUUACUUCUUCGCAUGCUUGGCCUCGAUCUCCUUGGGAGUUGGACAAAGCAUGCUUUCGAAUGGACAGUCUCUUCAACCUCUGUGGCUCUCCCGUGCCGUCGAUGUUGUCAUAGUUACGGGUCACCUUGGGAUUUGGUAUCUGCAUCUCGUCAAUACUAUUGACAACCCGAUCGGCCGCCUUCGAGCAGUCCUCAAUCCAUUGUGGGUCCACCUCGGCAGGGGUGCGAUCAAGACGAAACCUGGAGAUAGUUAG